UGUGGAUAGAUUAGACAGUAGACAAGAUGAAUGGGACAGAAUAUCACUUAUCGAUUGAUUAGAGAAUAUUUAUUUCUCUGAUCAUAAGCAAGAAAUUAACCAAUCAGUUUUCUUCACAUUACAUAUUCAUUGUACAUCGUUGUAUACAUGAAAUAAGUUUCGUAAGAGAAAUCAGGGGUAUUUUGAAACUAACAUGAAUAAAUCUAGACAUAUAAUAGUGUGGUGUUUAUGUACUACUUGAGGUGGUAAUUAUUCAAUACUUGCUUUCUCAUGUUUAAAUUGCAUGGGAAAUUAUCAGUUGAAGAGACAGAAAUAAAAACAGAUUACACUGGUGUAGUGGUGUGAAACAAACAAUGAGUUCUAAUGGAAUAUUAUUCUCACAGUUCAAUACUGUAUUAGCAACAGAAAAAUAUAUAUAACAUUCUAUUUUAUGUUGUUUAGUUUAAACCAAAAUCACACACUCUGCGAUUGGUUAAAGCAUAUAAAACCUGUAUAUGUAUAAAUAGCGGUUCAAUCACCCCAAAAAGUAUACCUUGGCUUUUGUGUCUUGCCUUCUGCUGUUACACUGGUAGCAGCAGCAGAAAAAAAAAAGAUUCAUGUUCAACUGAUCGUAUUGUUUUAAAUUAAGGAUAUGUCACGCGUUGUUUUAAUUUUCCUUUAAUUUAUAACAAUAGCCCGCAUUAAUUAUUAUUACUAUGCUUUUCCUUUCGGUGAAAGAAGAUUCAUUCACAUACCUGAUCCAAAAAGAAAAUUAAAACAAAUGAUUAAAAUACUGGCUGUAGUUUUCAUUUAUUGAAAUCAUUGAAUACUUAUCUAAUGGAUUACUUGAAGAAUAAAAAACUUAAUUGGAAAUUGGAACCAUUCCCUGAAUUAUGGCAGUUUAGAAAAGUUGAAUCAUCCUGUUCUGGAUUGUUAUUCAAUCAUCCAAGGCCAGUGGAUUUUGUUAGAUCUCAAUGGGAAUGGUUUGCACCGAAAUACUUCACUAUCUAUCGUGUAUUAUUAGCAAUUAUUCUUUUCGUUUGGCUUAUAUGGGAUAUAACAAGGGAGACAACCAAAUAUUUCGAUAAUGUCGGUUAUAGAUGGUUCACAUAUGCAACUAAUUGGACAUUUACAAUCUUUGUAAUACUUCAUAUAAUACUGGCUAUCUACUGCCUAAUUUAUAAUAUUAAAUAUGUCAAUAGCGAGCCAAGAUUCUACCAACCGAUAUGGUUUCUUUAUAAUUUAUCAUCAACAUGUGCACUGGUGAUUUGUCUUGUCUUUUGGUUCGCAUUAUCCAAAAGUUCGUUAGGAGUGUUCGCAAGUUGGCAGGGCCGUGUCAAGCAUUCACUAACUGGAAUCUUAGCCGUAAUAGAUUUAUGCCUAUGCGCAAUACCAGUUCGCAUGUUACACGCCAUAUAUCCAUUCCUCGGUGGUCUGGUGUAUUCUUUUUUCACCUAUUUCUUCUGGUUAAUUGGUGGUAAAGGUGCCUACGGUAUAGGACAAAUUUAUCCAGGUAUUGAUUGGGAUAAACCCAAGUCUGCUGUGCUAGCAUGUCUUUGUGGUUUGAUGACGUCUAUUAUAUGCCACAUAAUACUUUAUAUAAUCUAUUUUAUACGCGUGAAGAUAAGCGCUAAAGUUGGUGGCCGUGGUUAUAUGCUUGUUAAACCGGCUAAUGAACAACAGCAAGGUUAUGAUAAUGUAGAAUUUGAUUUAAGCGAUGAAAGUGGUCGACAAGAAGAAAAAUCACCUGUUUCAAAACCAGAUAUUAUACAAAAUUCAGCAACAUCAACACAAAAAUAUGGUACAGUGGAAUAAGAUCCGUUAAUUUGAAUAAACAUACCAAAGCGAAACAAUUAUAUUGAUAUCUGUUUUCUGUAAUGGCAAUUGGGUAAAAAUUAAUUUCAGAAAAGCAGUUACAGUGUUUAAAUUUUCAUUUUUUUUUUUGAGGAAAUAAUUACAGCCAUUUUGCCAAGCUGUUAUCUGUUAUAAAGGAGUUGAAUAUAUAUAUAUCUUUUGCAUUGGAAUGUUUGUUUCGUUUUUCUGGGUUGUUUUCAAUACAUGUUCUCCAGAGUUCAAGGUAUACAUACAGUAUUAUGGUGUUGAGUUCACCUGUUUGAGAUAUAAAACGAUGCUGACAAAUUAUUUCUGAAAAUCUGUACAAGUUGUAAUUGCCCGGCCAACGCACUACUACUAGUAAUCUCAUUAUGGAAAAAACAUUAUGUAUGAGGUUAGCAGCAUCACCUUGUAAAAACAUCAGCUCUCCUGAAAGUUUGAAGCUGAAGCCUGAAUUCCUAUGUUCCCCUCAGAAUGCUGAAUAACUAAAUACAGGCUCUCGAGCGAAAUCAUUUUGGAGGACAACGAGUUCGAUAUGAUUCUGAGUGACACAGAGAAGGUCAUGUAGUGAAGCAGAAAUGAAAUAUUGUGGGAUCAGAUAGAAGUCAUGGCAGGAAAC